UGCACGGUUCCGCACAAAGAGUAGCAGUACAAUAAAAAAUGCCCGUCUCUACCCUCGAUUAUAAAAGCAUUGCUUUAAGGAAACGUCAGCAUAGAAACGCCCAGUUCAAAAAAGAGUGGUUGGUUCCUGAGUUUGAAUUGCCCACCCCAGAAACCAAGGACGUGUCCGGAUGGAUCGAGAAUUCUGACGUGCUUUCCGAGCAUGAGCUUAAAAUUACUUCAGCAUCAGCUGAGGAAAUCGUGUCUAAGAUAAGAGAGGGUUUAUGGUCUGCGGUUGAUGUGACCAAGGCUUUUUGCCAUAGGGCUUCUGUUGCACAUCAAUUGACCAAUUGCUUAUCCGAGGUAUUUUUUGACGACGCAAUCGAGCAGGCCGAGAAAUUGGACAAGUUCCAGCAGAAAAAUGGAAAAACCCUAGGUCCUCUUCACGGUUUGCCCAUUGCAAUGAAGGACAACUUCAACAUCAAGGGCCAGGCCACUUCGGUAGGCAUCGUCAGCUGGUCGGUUUCCCCCGAAAAGGCUGAAUCGGAUUCUGUCUUGGUUAGAAUCCUUCGGGAAAUGGGAGCUGUGUUUUAUGUGAAAACCAAUGUGCCAGUGGCUAUGAUGAUGCCGGAGACAAACAAUCAUAUUUACGGAAACACGGCCAAUCCGUUCAACCGGCUAUUAUCUGCCGGCGGGAGCAGUGGAGGCGGUGCCAGCUUGGCCUCCCUCACAAAUGCUAUCGCAGUCUCCACUGAUAUUGGCGGCAGUAUUCGGAUUCCUGCCAGUUUUGCCAAGGUGUACUCGUUAAGACCUACAUUUGGCCGGUUUCCCACGUAUGGGGCUCGGUCUGGAUUACCUGGUUUGGAAUCCGUCAACAGUGUCAAUGGCCCCAUUUGCCAGGAUAUCGACACACUAGAAUUCUACUCGAGAAUUGUUGUCGAAGGCAAGCCGUGGCUUCAUGACCCUAAAACAGUUGAGAUCCCGUGGAGGCCCAUUACACUCGAGGGCACAAUGACAUUUGCUGUUUUGAGUGAUGAUUUGAUAGUUCGCCCCACACCGCCCGUACUUCGUGCCGUAGAUAAGGUGAAAGCAGCACUUAUCAACGCCGGACACGAGGUGAUUGACUGGGAGCCAACAGAUCAUCUUCGCUUAUCAGAGAUCAUCACGAAGUUUUUCGUGUCUGAUGGUGGCGUGCACUUGAAAAAAGAGAUUGACAAGACCGGUGAGCCCUUCUUCCCAUACAUGGAGAGGUACGGCACUACCCCAGAGAUGAAAGUCGGCGAGCUUUGGGAUUUGCACUAUGAGAGAACCUCUUUGGCUAAAAAGUAUCUCGACAGAUGGAACGAUACGAGCUCUCAAACUCAAACGGGUAAGCCCAUUGACGCCAUCAUCAUGCCUGCCAGUCCAUUUGCAGGAAAUCCCCAUGGAAAGUUCCAUGACCAUGUUGGGUACACAUCUCCCUUCAAUCUUUUGGACUACACGGCGGGAACAUUCCCAGUGACUAGAGUGGACCAGUUCGUAGACAUCAAAGAAAACCGAUCGACGUUUUACUGUGAGACGGAUAGGAAAAUUUGGGAGGACUACAGCCCGGAAGAGUCACAUGGUGGAUACGUCGGUUUGCAGAUAAUAGGCCGGAAAUUUGAGGAGGAGAAAGUGAUUUCUAUGAUGAAGUUGGUCACCAAUGUUUGCGCACCAUCUUUGUGAGAUCCAUUUCGGAUUAUGGAGAGUAUCAACCUUCUAAAGAUCAGUAAUUAAAUGCAUUGCUUCAGCUAUUCAAGAAAUAACAAUCAAGAAAAGAAAAAAUACAAAACAGAAUUAGGUAAUCUAAAACGGCGGAAAGAUAAAGAAGUGGCCUCUCCACACCCACGGACCAGAACAGUAACAUUUGUUUGUAAUCACCAGGAUUUGGCAACCAGCGUCUUCUGGUGAAAGAAAAAGAAGCUAGGCAGCCGAAAGCAAGGGGAUUUGCUCUUUCUGUGGACAAAUUCUACUUCUUUUACUGAAUCCCAAAACGGAACCCCAGAUACGGCUCCAAAUGUCGUAUUGAAGAGGAAACCCGCAUUAUUGCACGAAAUUAGAAACAUGAAACUUUGCCCAGCAUUCUCGCAGGGAAAAAGGAAACCCGAAAAGCAAGCCCUUUUCUCAAGGAGAUACUGCAAAACGGGAAAGCCGAUAAUAUAUAUUUUUGCGAGCGAUCGGG